GACAGGACUCGCCACAAAUCUGGCUAGUUGAAACGAAUGGAAAAAGCCACAGACUUACCCGGCCAAUCGGUGCGACGACGGGUGUAACUAUCUCUAGAAUCGUGUAGUUGAAAUACUUUCGACUUUGCACUGAACGUUCCAAAGUACAGAGGCCUGGCUACUUAGCUACAAUCGAGUUGUUUUAGUUUUUAUUAAAAAAGUGCACCCUCGGUUAUCAGUUUCAUUUAAUUCUUUUCCGCAUUUAUUUCCCUCGCUUCGAGCCUUGUUCUCGCCAGGUGGUUUCUUUAUGUUCAUUUCAUUGUCUAAUCUAUGUGGAUAUGACGACUUUUGAUUUAUUGACCAGGUCCACUAUUUCCACAAUCUAUUUGCCUUUAUCAGGGCUUUGCUUUUUAUGCGGCAAUUAUCAUAUCCGAUUAACUUUCUUUUAUUUUGCUUUAUAAUUCCGCGAGUGUCAGGACUUACAAUUCGACAAUUGCAUAGGUUGUCAGGUUGAAAUCGCAGGUGGUCCUGAUAACAGAAUCAUGAAGUUAAGAAAUCGUAGAAUAUAUCUACCUUAUUUUGAAAUGGAAAUAUUCACACAUAGUAGGCUUUGGAAGUGAGACAUCCCUAGCUCUCAGCCCAAAAAUAAAAAACAUUUCGAAGUGAGUGUUAGCUGAUCACAGUUCCUGCAAAAUAAAUUAGUCUUGUUAACUGAAAGCCUAAGGCAUGGCGUUUAAUAGCCCGGUUUUGGUGCCUGUCCUCAAGGCCGAUGAUGACGAAGAGGAGUUAGUUGAUCCGCAAGCAGCCCUUAGGGAGAAGUGCCAGGCCAAGGGUCACAUUGGGUCCCUGUACAACAAGUAUCAAGAGUGCAAUGAUCGUGUGAAUGGCAAGUCCAAAACCACUGAGACGUGCAUGGAGGAAUUGUUCGACUUCGUUGCUGAGUUGGAUCAUUGCGUUGCUCACAGUCUCUUCUCGAAACUCAAAUAGUUUCAAGUUCUAGCAAUGCUUAAAACUAAAAUUGGCAAUUAAAUAAAGGAAGCAUACUAAAAUAUAAA